AUGGAUUCUAUCACACGCAACCAGGUUACCGCAGCCCAAGGCCACCUCGCUGCGAAAUGUCCCGUAGACCCAAUCUGGUACCGUGCUAUUGAAGUCGGUGCGAAGCUUGGCUGCUGUAUGGAAAUGGUCGAUAUUGCGCUACUAUGCAGCUCCCAGGCGUCCAUUUUCUUGCGUCCAGCUCAAUACCAGCAGGCUGCAGACUAUUUAAUGAAGUCCUUCCAACACUCGCUAUCCGACCACCUUACCCUCGCAAACGCCUUUAAUGCCUACAUGCAAGUACGCCAGUUGCAUCAGCAAGAAGGAGGCCCAAAGUUCGACCUUGCCGAGUGGUGCUCCCGUUUUUUCUUGAAUAUUCAGGCGCUAGAAGCGGUCUAUCUUCAGCGACAAGAACUCAGGUCGUUCAUGGAAAGCCAGGCCAAGUUCGCCCCCACCCACGCAUCGGUUCAGGAUAUGACAUGCGUACGGAAGGCUUUAGCAAUCGCUUUCUGCACGCACACUGCGAUCCAUCAUUCCGGCGAUGUGUACCGAACGGUGCAUGAGAAUACCUCGGCACUUUUGGCACCACUUAGCUCUCUGGUGGGUGGUGAUUACGAGUGGAUCGUGUACACAACGCUCCGCACAUCAGGAGGGAAGCAAUAUCUGGAGACAGCUACGGCAAUCAAUGCAGAAUGGCUUGUGGAUCUACCUUUCUUCCAGGAAGCCCGUAUGCCGACAAAAGGGAACGGGUCACUGAGACAACCCCAAGUCAAGCGUUCCCUCGACGAUGCGAAGGCCAGAAAUCGAACUGCCCAAGGACAGCUAGCACCAUAG